AGGGCGCUCGCGUUUGGCCCCGCCGGCUUGCCGUCCGUUGCCCCCUUACGUCGCCGCACGGUGAGAGAACCAGUCGGUGGUUGGGAGCCGGUGAGGCAGGAGCCGUCGUAGGCCAUGGAGGCUGACGCGGGCGGGUCGGACGCCUUCGAUACCAUUGUCAUGGCGGAGACGAGAUUUCAUGGUGAAGGCUAUCAGGAAGGAUAUGCUGAAGGAACAUGUGCUGGACUCCUUGAAGGAAGGCAAUAUGGCAUACAACAAGGUGCAAAGAUUGGUUUAGAAAUUGGAUCAUAUCUUGGUUUUGCAAUGACAUGGCAGAAAUUGCUUCAUAAAGGCUCUGAUGAGAAAAACAGUAAAAAGAUAAAAGCUCUAGAGUCAUUAAUAGAGAUGAUUCGGACAUUUCCUUGUGAGGAUCCAGCCUAUGAAAAACUUCAGGAAGACCUGGAGAAAAUCAGAGGACGAUUUAAACAGGUUCGUUCAUUGCUGCAUAUUCCUUCUAGUGUUAGACUUGGUGCUGAAGGAUCUGCACUUACAUUCUGAAAAGGACCACAAAUGGAGAAACGAACUCCCAUCAGGCUACUAAAGAAGUGGUGAAAUCUUGAGUGGAGAAAAUGAGGCUAGAAAGUGUGGUUUUUUUACUCACUGAUAAGAAGACUUAACUCUUCACAGGAAUAGAACCAAUAAAUAAGUCUGUAUGUUGAUUGAAUUGCAGUGCCAGUUCAGUUUGUAGAGUCCUGCUUAAAGCAGGCAGUAUGUGGAGUAAACUCCAUGGUGAUUUGUAGUAGCUAUAGUACUGGUUUGGGAAAUUAAUAUUGGAAAUUGGACUACAACACAGUGGCUUGUUAACAUACUGGUGUCAUUUGCAUUGGGUAGGUAACUUUGAAAUGACUUCAGAUACUUUGAUCUGGGUCUUGUAAACACUUUCAAAAUUUCAUUUGUAAGCCUGACAUUCUGCUGGCAAUGUGUGUAAAGAUAUAUCGCACUAUAUUAGUGCAAGAAAUGCAGCAACCUAAUCUGUAAAACAGAUGUUAUCCGUAUAUGUAGUUGUGUGUCGUCGUCCCCCCCCCACAUGCUGUGCAGUCUCAGCUGAUAUUACUAUAGUGAUACAGUUCACAGAUGAAAGCAUACUUUUUAAUAGAUAUCUGACCUGCUGGCCCUCAAAGAAUGUUUCAUUCCAAAACACCACUUUUCCUUUGAAAUAUCUCACACACUGAGAUAAGAAAUAUCUUCAGUACUGAGAUGUGGAAAUGACUUAGCCUGGCUUUAAUGCAUUUUCUAGAAAAUACAAUUAGACUCUCAUCAAAAUAAGGAAACAGAAGUGGGAGCCUUUGCAGAAAGUGCCUUUGUGGGCCAGCACACACACAGACACACACACACACACACCCCUGCCCUGGCUGCGGUUCUUUAAGCUUUUUAAAGGAUCCAUUUGGGAAGGGAACAAAUUGGCCCAGUGUACCCCUUUUCCUCCUACCUGUGCCCUUAACUGGUUGCAGUAAAGUAAGUACCAGUUUAACUCUCAGCUCUGGCUAGGAAAAUCUAUUUCUUCACUCUAUUCUUUGUUGCCACAUUACUUGACAACAUGAGACCAGAAUACAUGCUCAGCUAAAGGAAGUUGGAUGGUUUGCUUGCAAAAGCCAGUGUUUCCUUGCAGUUUUUGAGAUUCCCACUGACAGUGUUGACUCUUUCUGCCCUACCCAUUUUUAAUCUCAGCAUCUCUGCACUUGGAAUAUUCACUUUUCAAAUGGAGGGGGUGAUAUUCCUGGUGCCUGUGAACAUGAUUAUGUAAUAACUCAGUUUAGGUGUGGUUCCCCCCAAAACAACAGCAACAGCAACAAAACCCAUGCAUGUUUGCUGGGGACAGGGCAAAGAAGAAGCUGACCCAUAGCUCUGGUUUCCCCCUAUUUAUCUUGCUCUAUGUACAUGUGCUGCAUCCAUGCAAGGAGAAAGGUAUCCUUUCUGUUUAAGCUACCAAAUAGAUCUCCGUAAGCAAGCUGCUAGUUUAGGGCCACCUAGUGGGAAAAGUAAAUAUAUCAUCUAGGAAAUAAAGAUGUAAAACUGCUUUUGUGUUUCACUGGAAAUUCCAAAGGCGGUUGAUAAUUUUUCAAGAGAUCCUUUUUUCAUAUGUAGACAUGUAAUCCUCAAAACCUAACCUCCAAAAUGAAUGGAACGUUGUAUGCUUAAACUGCUUUGGGAAAAUAAAAUACUGAAACCAGUCGUCCCCCCCCCCCCGAAGACCUAUUUUUAUGUUACACAGCUUUCCAUGUUUUUACAGCUUCAUUGUAUCAUGCAGUACAGUGAUUUCCAGCUUUGCCUUUUCAUUUCAAUGAGAUUUCAGGAUUUUUUCCAUUGCAAACAAGCAAAUAUUCUUCUCCCUGACAUUUGUUCUGAUGCAGGAUAAUCUUCAUUCAUGUCCAUGGUGGAUUGUUCAGUUGUAACCAUUUACUCAUGUUUUGUUCAUAACUACACCUCUUAAUAUUGUUUGUAAUGCUGAUCGUGGAACUCAAAUGUACUGCAUGAGAUGGUCACAUCCACAGCCUGUUUUGUAUUGUGUCCACUGUCUGGUGUUAGAUGUCAUUUUGGAAUAUCCUUUUCUUUGUAUUAAAACCUUUUUCUUCAUA